AUGACUCUCAAGGAGGAAUUCCAGACAAGGAACUUCAGCAUUUACGGGCAAUGGCUCGGAAUCUUGUCCAUGAUUCUGUGCUUUGCGCUAGGAAUCUCGAAUAUCUUCACCUUCAAUGUUAUCAUGUACAUAUUUUGCGCCUUUGCCCUAGCGUCCUCCCUCAUCAUCCUCUUCAUUGAGGUGCCACUCCUUCUCAGGAUUUGCCCUACCUCGUCCACCUUCGAUGCUUACAUACGCAAAAUCUCGACCAACUACAUGCGCGCAGCCGUCUAUGGUGUCAUGAGUCUUCUCCAGUGGUUGAGUGCGAUUCCCGCAAGAACCAGCUUGAUUGCUGCCGCCGUCUUCCUCAUGUUUACCGCUAUCUGCUACCUGAUCGCUGCCCUCAAACAUCAGGCUUUUACUGGAAGCAAGACCUUGGGUGGCCAAGGUGUUGCUCAGAUGAUCGUAUAA